AUGUUGAAGCUCGCUACCGGCGUGCUCUUAGAAACGGUAGCAAAUUCUUCGCAUCGCGCAACAUUGUCGACCGUGGGGCUGCGACCGCCACCGCAUCCCCUUGCCGGAUCUCGGCACCUCUCCAGCGACUGUGGCAACGAUGACCCGACGACGGCAAAGAGCAAUACGACCUCUGAAGCAAUACGGCCUAGUGAAGGCUCCGCGAACGGUACGGCAGCGGAGCCACCGGUGCCUCCAGGAAAGGACGAGUGCUGCGGAAGCGGCUGCUCGAACUGCGUGUGGCUGGACUACGCCGAAGGCUUGGUGGAAUUCUACAAGGACGGCGAGGCGCGCGCAGCCGAAGCGGUUGCCAAGAUACCCGACCCCAACGUACGCCAGUUCGUCAAAACCGAGCUAGACUAUCUGUUGAAGCACAAGAAGUGA